AUGUUGGAUGACCAAAGCAACAAAACUCUAGGUAAAAGUUACCUUUUUGACUCUUUGUGUAUCAAAACUCUGCCAGUUGACUACACAAUGCAAUCGUGUUCAGGCAAGGUUACCAGAAGUUGGCGUGUUGCUGACAACCUUGUCAUCGAGCCAAUCAGUAACAAUCGUCAGUUGAAAUUACCACCUGUCUUGGAGUGCGACAACAUACCAAACAGUCAGACGGAAAUUCCUACACCGGAUAUCGCUCGUCAUUAUCCACACCUGCAGGAUAUUGCUCGAGACCUACAUCCGUUAGAUCCAUCUAUGGAAGUCCUACUGCUUAUAGGACGGGAUCUUCCAGAGGCACAUCACGUUAUUGAUCAGAGAUUAGGACCACCACGUUUUCCUUUUGCUCAACGAUCUCCUUUAGGAUGGACAAUUAUUGGAGAUGUUUGUUUGUCUGGAAAACACAUUCCACCAUUGCAUGUCAACAGAACUUUCAUCGAUAAAAGUGGUCGACCUACAAUGUUGGAACCAUGCAAACAAACGUUAAACAUACAGAACACUGUCAUCACUACGAACAAGACUGUCAUCGGAAAAACAGAUAUCUUCAAGAAAACACCAGAUGACAAUAAACUCGGCCUAUCGAUUGAAGAUCGCACUUUUCUGAAGAUUAUGGACGACAAGUUUCAUCUUUAUCCAACCGAAGGAAAAUGGACUGCUCCAUUGCCCUUCCGGCAAAAUCGUGAACAACUUCCAGACAACUACUCACAAGCACUGUUUCAAUUGGGUCCAUAUAUACUACCGGAUAAGGAACAUUGGUACCUUCCACUUUUCGGAGUCUACCAUCCUCAUAAACCGGAUCAAAUUCGUGGUGUCUUCGACUCCUCAGCGGAAUUCAAGGGUGUGUCCUUGAACCAACAGCUGUUACAAGGACCUGACUUCAUAAACAAUCUCCUGGGAAUUCUCAUUCGUUUCAGGAAGGAAAGAGUAGCCGUAGUUGCUGACAUUCAAAGCAUGGUUCACUCAUUUCUGGUGGAUGAAGGCCAUCGUGACUAUUUACGUUUCUUGUGGCACAAGGAUAAUGACUUUGAAAAACCACUGGUUACUUACCGCAUGACAGUUCACGUAUUUGGCGAUCGCUCCUCUCCUUCCGUGGCAAUGUAUGGUUUACGUCGCAUUGGUGAGCUAGCUGCUAAGACCCAUGGACAGGAAGUGAAAGACUUCAUUGUGAACGACUUUUACGUAGACGACGGCUUGAAAUCUUGUGCAACUACUUAUGAGGCAGUCAGCCUCAUACACAAAACUCAAGAUGCCAUGAAGGAGUAUGGUAACAUAAAACUUCACAAAUUCUCAUCUAACGUCAAAGAAGUUAUGGAAGCCUUUGAUUCUAACGACCUUGCCAAGAACCUUGUUGACCUGAAUUUCGAUAAGGAUGCCUUAACUCAAAGCAGUCUUGGACUUCUGUGGGACUUACAGACAGAUACCAUUAGAUUCAAAGUUUCUAGUGAAAACAAACCAUCUACAAGGAGAGGUGUACUUUCUGUUGUGAACCGUCUUUAUGAUCCUCUCGGAUUCAUCGCCCCAGUUAUUAUUCAGGGCAAGAUCAUUUUGCGGAAAGUAGUGUCAGACACUUCAGACUGGGAUGAAGCCCUGCCUGAUUACCUACUUUAA